AUGCUGGCAUUCAACUACGCACUGUUUUUGUUUCCUGGAUUUUUGCAGGGCGUGACAGCCUCCAGAUGUGUUGGCCGCGCGUGCAGCCCUCCUAUGGGGAACUUGGCCACUGGCAGGAUCCUCCAAACUCUGACUGGCUGCUGUGCCAAUGGGUCCCACACGACUUGUUCUUCUUAUGAUCAGUCAUGCCCACAGAGGCUUCAUCCACCUUCUCAUAUGGUCGACGACCCCUUCCAGCACCCCAAUACCUGGUGGGCCUCCAUGGCAGCUGCGGGGCAGGAGGACGAGAUCCGUCUGGACUUAGAGACGCAGUUCUGUUUGAGCCAUGUAGUGAUGCUCUUCCGCUCUCCUCGUCCGGCUGCUAUGACGCUGGAGCGUUCUCGAGACUUUGGUAUCAGCUGGGAGACCCUCAAACUGUUUGCUGAUAAUUGCACUGCGAUGUUUGGUCUCCCCGACGAUACGCACCAGCCGGGCUCACUCUGUACCUCCCGAUACUCCAGUGCCACGCCCUGCAGCAGAGGAGAGAUCAUAUUCCGGUCCCUAGGUCAGGGCAGUGGAGUGAAAGAUCCGUACAGUCCUGAGGCGCUUGCCUUAUUGACAUUAACCAACCUGCGCAUUCGAUUCUUAAGACCUCAGUUCUGUCCGUACCCCGGCUCCACCACGCUCAGCAGACAGCGUCGUCCACCUGACUCACAGAACCGCCCUAGACUCUCACCUGCUCUAUCCAAACGCAGCACAGAGCCUACUGAUGCAACACCCUAUGCGGUUUAUUUUCUCCUGGCACGCGGAACCUGCCUUUGCCACGGUCACGCAGAAUACUGUCUCCCAGCCAAUCGCAGCCAAGACGCUCCGCAGCAUAGCAGUGUGGUGGCUGGCAGGUGUAUGUGUACACACCAUACGGCGGGAGAGCACUGUGAGAGGUGCGCCCCACUCUUUAACGACAGGCCUUGGAGAGCAGCCAAUGGGAGCAGUGGGGAGCCUCACCCCUGCCAAAAGUGUGAGUGUCACGGACAUGCGGAUAGCUGUCAUUUCUCCCAGCGGGUGUGGCAGGCCACUGGAGGUAUCAGCGGGGGAGUGUGUGACGAUUGUCGUCACAACACCGUGGGACGGCGGUGCCAUCGUUGUCGACCGGGAUACCACCGCCACCCGGCAAGGCCGAUAAACUCUCCCCAUGCCUGCACGCGAUGCUGGUGUGAUCCAGUAGGCUCCAUGCCAGCCCAGUCUGCCGAUGAGGGGCCGUGGUGCCACCCUAGGAGUGGACAAUGUCAUUGCAAACCAGGAGUAGGAGGCACAAGCUGCAGUCACUGCCUUCCAGGAUACUGGGGCUUUGGGGAGAACGGCUGUAGACCCUGUCUGUGCCCCCUUAACUGUGAUCCCAUCACAGGUCAAUGCCUCGACAGCAAACCCAGUGACAAACUCUACAAUGUUCCCAUUGGAGGCAAAAUCCCUGAAUUAACCCAUAGUAUUGAUGAUGACAGAGUGUGGUCAAAGGAGCUGGCUGUCUCUGCACUGUAUUACACAGGGAAAUGCAGUUGUAAAGAAAGAAAACUGAAGAGCGUGUCUGACCUUUGUAAAGUGAAACAUCCAUACGUGAUCAAAGCCAGCGUGCUGUCAGCUCACGAUAAAGGCACCCAUGCAGUGGUGCUGGUGAAAGUGAGGAAGGUCCUUCGUUCGGGGAAGGUUCCUCUCUCACAGGGUACACACAGUAUCUUCCCCCUCUCCUGGACCAGCAGGGGCUGCACCUGCCCCAUCCUAAAUCCAGGUGUGGAUUACCUGCUGGCGGGACCAGAGGAGGCAGAAUCAGGAAGACUGCUGGUAACCAUGCAGAGUUUAGUGGUGCCUUGGACACCCAUACUGGGAAUUCAAGUAAUGGAAGCGCUGCGGCAGGGCUGCCUUUGA